GACCUCUGCGUUGUGACUUGGCCUCGCAGUGAUAAUCAGAUCCGCAUGAAGCUCGCGCCGCUCGUCGGGGGAAGUUUGGAGAGAAGCAGCGGACAAUAGAAGAAAGUCUGUCGGCUGCAUCUGCUCGGUCCACGUCGCUGCUGCAGACCCCCGAGCCACCGAGGACUCCGCCGGGCACCGGGGGGCGGAGGGAGGGCUGGGACCUCGCCGCUGGAUGGGAGAGUAACGCACUUCUUCUUCUUCUUCUUCUUCUUCUUCUUCUUCUCCAUUUCCACCCGCGAUGGAAGCGGAACAGCCGCCCCGCUCUCCGAGGCAGUGCGCGGGGCCCUGAACGCCUCUUUCCGUCCGUGUGGCGGAUACUUCAGGGACACGCUGCUGCUGCUGCGGCUCCACACGAGCGAACAUCUGCAUUAUGAUCCAUGAUCCAGAUGUGGUAAUACAGAGGUGACUGCAGUCAUACGCUGCCGGUGAAAAGAGAAACUCCAGAUCUGCAGCGUUUUCCCACGUUUCAUCCAGCAGGAGGCCCGAGGAUUCACAAGAAAAGGUGUGUUCUCCAUCUUCAGGAUGUCCGACAGCCUCGCAGCUGUCAGUGCUGAGAGAUGUGAAUGGAGGCGAAGGGGGACGAUCGGCUGACGAUCAAACCCGAACAGUCGGACACGUUUCUUUAAUAUUAGUUUGUUCCUGGAUGUCGUUCACCCCCGAGGACUUUCUCCCGCCCGGACCACGUCACAGAUAGCCGCCAAUGUCGGCCGACAGCAGCCCGCCGCCGCCGCCGCCGCCGCCGGCCUCGCCGCGUUCUUUCCCCGCCCUCCUCCCUCAGCACACGGCCCCGCCCACCCCGUCGCCGUCGCCCAGCCCGCCCGCCACCCUCUGCGGCCGGCUGUCCAACGGCAGCCAGAGGGCGCCCAGCCCCACCAGCUCGCGCGGCUCCGUCCAGGGCGUCUGCUUCCUGCUGCAGAUCGGACUCACCAGGGAGACGGUGACGCUGGACGCCGGCGACCACUCGCUCUCCGGCGUCCGGGAGCUCGUCUGCUCCGUCGUGGACCAGAAGUUCCCAGAAUGCGGAUUCUUCGGGAUGUACGACAAGAUCCUGCUCUUCCGUCACGACCUGAACUCGGACAACAUCCUGCAGCGGCUGAGCUCGGCCGACGAGAUCCACGAGGGCGACCUGGUGGAGGUGGUGCUCUCCGCUCUGGCCACGGCUGAGGAUUUCCAGAUCCGCCCUCACGCGCUCUACGUUCACUCCUACAAGGCGCCGGCGUUCUGCGACGACUGCGGCGAGAUGCUGUGGGGCCUCGUCAGACAAGGCCUCAAGUGCGAAGGAUGUGGACUGAACUACCACAAGCGAUGUGCGUUCAAGAUCCCCAACAACUGCAGCGGCGUGAAGAAGAGGCGUCUGUCCAACGUGUCGCUGCCGGGCGCCGUCCUGUCCGUCGCUCGUCCGCCCUCGCUGGAGUUCGUCUCCACGCCACAGGAGGAGCGCCCCCUCCUGGGCGCCGCCAAGCGUAACUCGCUGCUCAGCGGUCGUCCCAUCUGGAUGGAGAAGAUGGUCCUGGGUCGGGUCAAGGUCCCGCACACCUUCUCCGUCCACACGUACACUCGUCCCACCAUCUGCCAGUUCUGCAAGCGCCUGCUGAAGGGCCUGUUCCGCCAGGGGAUGCAGUGCAAAGAUUGUAAAUUUAACUGCCAUAAAAGAUGCGCCGCCAAAAUUCCUCGGGAUUGUCUCGGCGAGGUCGACUUCAACGGAGAACCGACCAGCCCCAGUCUGGACUCCGAGGCCACGAUGGAGGUGGACAACUGCGACGUGAACAGCGACGGCGGUCAGAGCAUGGACGAUCAGGACGAGCCCUCCGCCCCCGACGACAAGCUCUUCUUCAUCGAGGGUCCGGGCACCGACGGCGAGAAGGACGACGAGACGCUGCGAGCCAUCAGCCCGUCCACCAGCAGCAACAUCCCGCUGAUGCGCCUGGUUCAGUCCAUCAAACACACCAAGAGGAAAAGCUCCACGAUGGUGAAGGAGGGUUGGAUGGUUCACUACAGCAGCCGGGACAACCUGAGGAAGAGACAUUACUGGAGGCUGGACAGCAAGAGUCUGACUCUGUUCCAGAACGAAAGCGGAGCCAAGUUUUACAAGGAGAUCCCGCUGUCCGAGAUCCUGCAGGUGGAGCCGGCGCAGGACUCGGGCGUCGGCCUCCUGCCUCAGGGCAGCAACCCGCACUGCUUCCAGGUGACCACGGCCAGCAUGGUGUACUACGUCGGGGAGGACACCGGCGGCGGCCCGCACCACAACCCCGUCCUGGCGGCGUCCGGCGUGGGACGCGACGUGGGCCAGAGCUGGGAGAAGGCGAUCCGUCAGGCGCUGAUGCCCGUCACGCCCCAGUCCAGCGUGGGCACCGGCCACGGGAAGGACCACAAGGAACUUUCCAUCAGCAUAUCAGUGUCCAACUCCCAGAUACAGGAAAAUGUGGAUAUCAGUUCGGUGUAUCAGAUCUUUGCGGACGAGGUCCUCGGCUCCGGACAGUUUGGGAUCGUCUACGGAGGCAAACACAGAAAGACCGGCAGAGACGUCGCCAUCAAAAUCAUCGACAAAAUGCGGUUUCCCACCAAACAGGAGAGUCAGCUGAGGAACGAGGUGGCCAUCCUCCAGAACCUCCAUCAGCCCGGCAUCGUGAACCUGGAGUGCAUGUUCGAGACGCCCGAGCGGGUGUUCGUCGUCAUGGAGAAGCUCCACGGCGACAUGUUGGAGAUGAUCCUGUCCAGCGAGAAGAGCCGACUGCCCGAGCGCCUCACCAAGUUCCUGGUCACACAGAUCCUCGUGGCCCUCCGACAUCUCCACUUCAAGAACGUCGUCCACUGUGACCUGAAGCCAGAGAACGUCCUCCUGGCCUCGGCGGAACCUUUUCCUCAGGUGAAACUCUGCGACUUCGGCUUCGCUCGCAUCAUCGGGGAGAAGUCCUUCCGCCGCUCGGUGGUCGGCACGCCGGCCUACUUGGCGCCGGAGGUUCUUCGCAGCAAAGGCUACAACCGUUCGCUGGACAUGUGGUCGGUCGGCGUCAUCGUCUACGUCAGCCUGAGCGGGACGUUCCCCUUCAACGAGGACGAGGACAUCAACGACCAGAUCCAGAACGCCGCCUUCAUGUACCCGUCCAACCCCUGGAAAGAGAUCUCCGAGCAGGCCACAGACCUGAUCAACAACCUGCUGCAGGUGAAGAUGAGGAAACGCUACAGUGUGGACAAGUCGCUGAGUCACCCCUGGCUGCAGGACUACCAGACCUGGCUGGACCUCCGGGAGUUCGAGACCCGGCGAGCCGAGCGCUACAUCACGCACGAAAGCGACGACGCCCGCUGGGAGGAGCACGCCGACGAGCGAGGCCUGCACUACCCCAAACACUUCAUCAUGUCCCCGAACCUGGACGACAUGGAGGAGGACCCCUAGUGGCCGCGAGACGGGUCGACACUUCCUGCGAUGACGCAGAAGAGGAGGAGGGGGGGUGGAUGCUAUGGAGUCCGUGGCAACUGUCACCAUGGAGACAUUGAGCUGUCGCCAUGGCAGCGUGGGACAGAAUGGGAGGGGGGACAAGUCGCUCAGGUUGCACCACGGGGACACGGUGGUGAGAAAUCAGGUCCAGAGACAUUUUUACCAUUUUCCAAUUAUUUUCUACAAACUUUCACAAACAGAUCCUGAGAACUGAGUUAUAAUUUUUUUCCUCUUCAUUCAUGAAUGACUGUCUUCACUGCUUGAGCCACAGAAGGGCUUACAGACCACAGACUGUUUAUUCAAAAAGCAUAUUUUUACCAUGUCGUUGUUUCAUAUUUAGGUCUCAUAAAGCUGUGACAGACGUUUUACACUUGUAGUUAAAACAACGUCCCGUUUGACAAACUGGAAAAACAGACGAAACCAAAUAUGUCUUGAGGAAUUUGUGACUAAAAUGUUUUGUUGUUGUUUUUUUUGGAAGAUGGCUUUGCACUGCAGGCAAAAAAAAACUGGGAAAUUAACUUUUGGUUUGUUCAUCUGCAAAAGUGUAAAGAGUUUCCUCUAGUUUCCAAACAUCUUUUUAGUUUUGCUUUUUCUUCAUGAGAAAGUCAACAGCUAGCCUAGCGCCCCCAUGAGGCUGAAAUGCACAUUGAAAAAUGGAGACGUCGUCUUCCCACACAAUUUUUUGAAUUUAGUCCUGAAGGUGGCGUCAGAAGAAAAGUUGAGUUGUUACCUACGUAAACUGUACGGUGGCCUUUGCAGCACAUCUCUCACAAACCUGCCUCAUCUGAAAAUCAAAAAAGAAUUACAAAUCCCGGGAAAAGAGUAACGAGAUGUUCGCUCUGCUCAGGUUGAGCUUAUUCUUCAAACAUUAUGACUUUUUGCAGAAAACAAACCCAGAGUUUAUUUUCAGAGUUGUUCUUUAUUAAAACCUUUGGAUGAAGACGAGCUGAGAAUCGAGCUGCUACCUCGUCUCCGUCUUUGUCUGUUCGAGCUUCGUCGAUCCAGAUCCGACUUCAGUCUGAGAAUUUAUGUCACGUUUUAUAUAUUUUUGCAAGAAACUUGCUGCGUAAUGUGGAUGAUUAUGAUGGAGAGAAAAAAAUGAUUAAAGAUGAAACUUUAAAACAAAAAAUGAUUUUA